AUAUUCAUUAGUUAUUUUGGAAUACAAACUUUCGAAUUUCACAAUUUAAGAACUAACCGUUGUUUCAAGUUUAAUUUUAGAUAGAACUUCGAUUUAUUUGGUAUAUUCUUUUGAAGCAACAGUAUUGUUUCCCUGAAAGCCACGGUCACUCUGUUCUUCUGGCAAAAAAAAAAGAAACAAUUUCGAAAUGUCUGACGCUGUGGAUAAAAUGUUGGCGGGAAUGGCCGCCAAUCGGCAGACCAUGAACCGUCAGUUGGCCAAGAUCGAUGAGAUAAUGGAGCGGUCGAACAACACUUUGCUCCACAUCGAGUCCAACAGCAAGGCUCUUAGUCAGAAUGUGGCUCCUACGGAGUCCCAAAAGGUCUAUAACCUUCGCCCGGAGGCCGAGAUGGCCCUGUCCAAGAUCCUGGAGAACUUUAAGCUCCUGAUGCGGAGCACCGACCAGCGAGAGGAGGCCUUCAGCGACCUGGACGGAUGUCUGGCCUACAGGCACCGAGUGGAGCACCUGGGCAGCUCCGUGCGCAAGCUGGUGGCUCUGUACGACACCGUCGGCCAGAUGAGGAGCUCCCAGGAGGUGCAAGAUGCCAGCGAGGACUCCCCCUAACUCGUCCAAAUGUGCUUAGAUGGGAUAAGACAUUUUGGAGGACCCUUUUUCUUAUCUAGGUGCAUCUAAUUGUAUAUUUAAGCUAUAUAUAAUUGCCAUUGUAAUCAUAAAUUGUUUAAUUUGGAAGCACACUGUGUUGGGAUGUUAUGGCUGAAAGCAGCAAAUAAACACGUAUGUACAUAUAAAA